UUUCAGUGAAUAAGAAUAAAUUCAUUAAAUUCACGUAUGAAUACAAAAUUGUCAGUAAAAUGAAAAACUGAUCUUAUAAUGAGGAUAAUUUUCCAAAUUUCCAUAUAUUCCUUGACAGGAUACUUACAGUCAUUUUUCAUACAGAUUGCCUUGUUUAUUUGACCUUAUAUGUAUAUAAUACUCUCCUUGAUACACGCGACAGGAUAAAAGACAAUAAAAUUAACUGCAAGUCGUAAGCUCUGAACUCGUUUCUCUCAUAGUAAUAUAUAAUUUUUUUCUAAUUUUUUUUCAUUCUCUGUUUUUUAAUUUUUUUUUUUGCGUUCUGUUUUGCUCAAAUCAUAACUCGACGAAAAAGAGACUUGAUUCCUCUAUACGGUUUUCCCAAGCCUUGAGCAACGAACGUUCAUAUAAAGAGUAGAUCCAGACAAGUCGCAUCAGCAUUUUGGUCGUAUAUUCGAAGGGGGAACCUCGUUCGCGUGUUGUUCGCCUCCAACCUGUUAAAAAAAAAAUAAAAAUAAAAACGAUCGUGUCGAAAUUUUGCUACCACAGUUGUAAUUAUUGUCUCACGGUCCCACAGUUUAUUCUUUCUUUGCUUUUUUGAUCAUGGCAUUGGUUAUCGAAAACAUAAUGCUGUCGACGGACGUGGAGGAAUUGCCUUCAAUCAAGGUUGGUAAUUUUGUUCUUCAGUUUGAACUUGGUCCACCGAGUCCUGAAAUUCAAGAAGUCGCGAGAGAAGAAUUGAGGGAAUCGCCUGAAUUACAGAAAGAAGCAGUCUCACGAUUACAGGAAUUGCUCAGAGCCGAGCCAGAUCUCCACUGUCCAUUGGAUAAUGAGGCAUGGCUAAUACGUUUCUUGAGGCCCUGCAAAUAUUAUCCCGAGUCGGCGUCAAAAUUAGUGAAAAAUUAUUAUAGUUUUAAAGUGAAACAUUCAAAUGUUUAUUUAGGCCUCAAACCAAGUAAUGAGAGAAAUAUAUUUGAACACAAUAUUCUCACUGUAUUGCCAAAUCGCGAUCAACAUGGACGACGAAUUUUAAUUAUAGAACUAGGAAAAAAAUGGAAGCACAAUAAAUGUAGUCUCGAUGAAGUAUUUAAGGGUUGUGUUUUAUAUUUGGAGGCGGCAAUGUUAGAGCCAACGUCACAAAUUGCCGGCGCUGUUGUUAUUUUUGAUAUGGAUGGCUUGUCACUGCAACAAACGUGGCAAUUCACGCCGCCAUUCGCCAAAAGAAUAGUCGAUUGGCUACAGGACGCUGUUCCAUUGAGAAUUAAAAAUAUUCACAUCAUCAAUCAACCGUACAUCUUCAACGUGGUCUUCAAUCUCUUUAAACCAUUUUUGAGAGAGAAACUUAAAUCGAGGAUAAUAUUCCAUGGCACAGACAGAAAAUCUUUGCAUCAACACAUGUCACCAAAAUGCCUUCCAAGUUGCUAUGGAGGAACUUUAGAAAUUCCAACAAUAUCCGGUCCUCAGUGGCUUGAACUUUUACUAAAAUGCGACAAGGAAUUCGACGCUAUCAACUCGUAUGGUUACAAGAAGAAAUAAAACUUAUAGAGAUUUAUCUUGUUUCUUUGGAGAAGAUUUUUUUGGAUUAGUUGAAGAUUAAUUUCCGAAUUGUUUUACAAAAAAAAACAUAUCCUUCAACUGCCUUUAAUUGCUCAUUUUUUUAGUGUAAAUUAUAUUUAUAUAAUUAUUUUAUUUCAUAUAACGUGAUAAAAAGCCAAUUAUCGUGCGAGUAAAGAGAACAUUAUUACUUUCAGACUAGUUUUUAAUAAUUAAUUUACAGAAGGUUUAGUGUACGGAAAGGUUGAAAAAUAUUAUUGUUGUGUAUUAUAAUAAUGUGUAUUAUGAUAAAUAAUAAUUUAAAUCAAA